GUUAUGGCCGCCAGGCUCCUUCCCGCUGUCAAGUUUAUCAUCAAAGGAAGCCUGGCUGGAGCUGCUGUAUACAUGGUGUAUGAUCAGGGGCUGCUAGGCAGUGGGGUGCAAGGUGCUGAAGCUCUCAAAAAAGCCCAAGAAACCUUUCCUCCAGCUAUUCAAGAAUGGACAAAUUACAUUGGCUGGGAGCUUCCAUCCACUCCAAAAUUUGACUUUUCUCCCUCUAACUCCUGGAAUAAAGGAGUGCAGACAGUCAUGUCUGCCUUGUCUGUAGCUCCCACCAGGGCCUGUGAAUACACCAUGGAAGGCUGGAAGUAUGUGAAGGAACUUGUCAAAUGAACACAUUCUCCAGGGUUCAUGGCUGUCUUCAUGCUAUCUUGCCUUUAGGAUGCUGCAUAGUCCAUCCCUUGAGAGGGCAGCUCAACCAUGCAAGGGCUACAAUAAAAAACUUUGGAACUUC